AUGGCUUCUCCCAGCUCCAGAUCUAAUGGACUUAUCACCUGUGAUCUUUGUGAGAACUCUGCCAAGAAAUUUUGUGACUGCUGUCAAGUCAGUUUGUGUGCAAAGUGCGUCCACAAACAUGUCAAGAAAUUCAAGUCUCAAACGCAUGACAUAGUUCCCAUCAAGGAAAGGACAAAGCUCGUUUUGCCCGAUUGUGAAUUUCAUUCUAACCACAGAUGUGAGGCCCAAUGUCAGCAGUGUGAUGUCCCCGUCUGCAUUAAAUGCAUCAUCAAGUCCCAUAACGGUCACAGUAUAACAGACAUGUUAAAGUUCUUCAUUGGAAAGAAAGCAGAAAUCCGAGAGGAAACUCAAGAAAUUGAAUCAAGUUUUUUGCCAAUGGUAGAGAAAAAGGCUCUUUCUGCGAGAAUUAACAUGGCAUGCAGAACAGAAGACUUCAUAGACAUGGAAGAAGCAAUGGUAGAACAUAGACAGUUAUGGCAUCAGGAAGUUGACAUCAUCUUUGACAAAUUUAGUUCAACAAUAAAGUCCAUGAAAAAUAGAUAUUGGUGUGUCAUGGAAUUAAACAAAUCAGAUUUAGAAAACAUGAUUUCAAAAAUAACACAAAGAGUUCAAGAAAACAAGGAAAUCUUGAAGUCCAACAAAGUGUCGGAUGUCACAAAUUAUAAAUCCCAACUGAUGAAAUACAAAAACGACUAUGAUUGUAUUGACAUUAAUGAGCCAGUUUUUGCCUUAGUAACGAACACUUCUGAAGACAAACGUCAAGACAGAGAACUGUUUAUAGAGCUGGGAGAAUACAAGGCUACAAUGAUACAGGAACCCGAAUUAUUUGCCAAAGUCAGAGACAUUGCCAUCAUUUCUGCUAAGGAUAGAUUUCCAAUGAAAGUUUGUUGUGUAGAUGGUGAUAAAGCCUGGGUUAUUUACUUUGAUAAAACCCUGAGAUGUAUCGACCUACACGGGACCGUACACGAGACCCUAACCACCACGUGUCAGGUAGUUGACUUCUCUGUGACUUCAUCAGACGAGCUCGUUUAUAUUGAUCCUGAUAACAAAACAGUGAACAAAGUCAACCAGGGGAAGACAGAGGUACUGAUCACCCUACCAAAAGACUGGGAGCCAAAAUCACUAGGUUGUACAUCAGAGAACAUUCUUGUUAAUCUUGAGAAAGACGGCCGAAAUAAAAUUGUAAGCUUUCAGGGACAAACAGUUAAACAGGAACUUUAUAAAGACAAGAAAAACAGGGAAAUCUUUGGACGAGGAUAUACUUCUCUGAGAAUGGCUGAGAAUGGUAAUGGAGAUCUCUGCGUCGCUGAUGUGAAUGCCAGCAGUGUGGUUGUGUUGACGGAGGCAGGAAGAGUCCGAUUUCGAUAUGACGGUACACCAGCCAUGAGGGAGGUGGAGUUCCAACCCAAUCAUAUUGUGACAAACUCAUUGUUUCAGAUCAUUGUGGGGGAUUUCAAUGAUUUGGAUUUCCUCAACCAUGGCUGUCUACACAUCCUAGAAAGGGAUGGGGAGUUAUUGAGAUGUGUGGAUAAUUUUGGAGUAAAUAGUUUUGAUAUCUUUGGUCUGAGUGUGGACCCUGAGGAUAGGUUGUGGAUAGCAGUGAAUGGAAAAGUAAAGGUGAUCCAAGUGUUUAGAGAGUAG